AUGGAGGGGGAGCUCGGAGGCACGAGGGUCAUAAGUGUGAGGGGGAGCUUACGGGAGGCGUAUACGCACAAGGAGAAACUUGGCAAUAAGGGGUCGUUGCGUGCGAGGAGGAGUUUGGCACGAGGGUCGCGUGAUCGAGGAGGAACUUGGCAACAAGCUUUCGGUUUGUUUUAUUGGCAAAUGGGAUGCUUGAGGUGUGAGAAGCUUGUGAGGAGGAGGCGAUAA